AUGGCAUCCGAAGAGACCCAGCCACAGCAACCAGAAAUUCUCCAGUCGUCCCUGACUCAGCCGCUUGUUCCAUCAGCCAACUUUCCAAAACGCAAGCCUGUGCCCGCCGCUCAAGAGCCAAUUGUCAAGGAGGUUUCCACUGCGAAUGAUCAUGGUUAUGAGCAAACCCAACAGUUAGGGGCAGACCCGGAGAAAUCUCCGGAAGCUACCACAUGGGAUUCGCAGAGAAAUAAUAAUGCCUCUCGAAGGAAGGUUUUCUUACCCACUCUCUCGCUCGUUGUGUUCGACAAGGUCCGUCUGGGCCCACUCGAGAGAUAUCUACCACAGGAGCCGCGUAAGCGGCGCUACACCAUGGCUGGAAUAUUUGCUGGCCUUUUUGCGGCUUUGCUUGUGCUCAUCAUUGGGCUUGCUGUAGGACUUACCGUGAACAAAAAAACACAGAAUCUGCCUUUGCCAACUUCACAUGGUGGGCCUUAUACUGGCGACCUGACAUAUUAUGCACCUGGACUGGGCGCAUGUGGCAUUACUUCCUCGUCGUCCGAUAGUAUCUGUGCUGUAUCUCACUUAGUUUUUGAUGCCGCCCAAACCGGAUCCAACCCUAAUGCAAACCCACUCUGUGGACUAAAGAUACGACUUCGGAGAAACGAUGAGAGUGUCGAUGUGACCAUAGUUGACCGUUGUGUUGGCUGCGAGGCGACAGACAUCGAUACGACGACAUCAGUGUUUAGCGAACUAGCUGAUAUUGACCAAGGCCGCGUGACAGUAGAAUGGGCUUGGUUAGAGAGUUCUCCAGUAAACGUCACAAAUCUGUCAAAGUAG